AUGAGCACUCAGAGGCAAGACUUUCUGAGGGAGUCUGAGCUGCAGGAGAGGCAGAAUGAGGCCCACAUUCGACUUCUGAACUACUCCAAGAAGCUUGAGAAGGCCAUUAAGGUUUUGACGGAGGAGUUGCCUGAGGGCUCCGUCUGGAGGGAUGCUCAGGUGGCUCAGUUCCUUUCUUUCUGCCCUCAGUAUCAGAGGCUGAACUCAAUGGCAGACCUCCUCAGAACCGAAGUCAGCCUCAUUCAGCAGAUCCUGAGGCUGAUGGUUCAGCCACCCUCGGAGGACCAGAAGGAAGCCUUGAGGGUGGGCUUGAAACAGAGCGCGGACUUGCAGCUCAGAAUCCACAUGAGCUAUUUUCAGGCCUUUGAGACCCUCGUAGGGGGCCUGAGGCUUCAGAACCGCUUUGAGGACUGGCCUGAGAGUCUGGUGAGACAGAGUCCUGAGAACCUGGCCAAGUCCCUCAGGAGCCAUGUGAUUCAAUCCCUUCCUUUGGUUCCAGGGCCUGAGGUCUUUGCUCAGAUGGUGAGGAGCCUGCCCAAGGAGCAUCAGGUGGAUGCCCUGAGAGAGCUCCUGAGGCUCUGCAGGGAAGUCAUUCAGGAGGAGCCUGAGGAAGAGGAAGGGGCUUGUGGAAGAUAA